CAACCGGAGACUGAACUUCCACACUGCAUCAGUCUGUUGGUCUCUGCUCUGCCCCAGAGUCAAUCUCAACUCCAGCUUCCUGUGUCUCUCUGAGUUUCCUCGGGACUGUCCCAUCAUGCAUCUCCGGUUUAUCCUCUGCGUAACGACCCUGCUCGUGUGCCCGUACCUCAUCACCGGGUCGCGGAUAGCCAAACGCUUCGCCAUCGGCUGCCCGGAGAAGUGCGACAAGUCGCAGUGCGCCCCGAUCCCCGCUGACUGUCUGGCCGGUGACGUGCUGGACCGCUGCGACUGCUGCCCGGUGUGCGCGUCCGGCGAGGGCGAGCAGUGCGGCGGCACCGGGGACCAGGAGUGCGCAGAGGGGAUGGAGUGCGUGGUGACCGACGGCGUGGAGGUGUCCGCCACCGUGAGGCGGAGGGGCAAGGCCGGGAUGUGCGUGUGCACCAGCUCCGACCCGGUGUGCGGCAGUGACGGUGUGUCGUACCGGAACAUCUGCGAGCUGAAGCGCGUCAGCAACCGGGCGACGAAGCUGCAGCAGCCGCCGGUGAUUUUCAUCCAGAGAGGAGCCUGCGGAAAAG